UCACUGCCAGUCUUUUUUUUUUUGUCCCAGUGAGAUUGUGAGCUCCUCUCUUCAAUUCUCUCUCGAACUCUCCUCUUGUCGGUUUACUGUUUGGUGGUUGUGACCCCUCUAUUAUACCAUGGGAGACCCUGUGCCUUUCUCCAUCCUGAACGAGAGACUGAGACCACAGUUCACUGCCAUGGAACAACUCUGCUACUCCCUGCACACCCUGGAAGAUGGACACCAGCUGCCUGGCACUGUCUGUGGCAGUUCAACCACACGGUCUACAAUACUGAGAGAUGAAAUACAAACACAGGACGAUUCAAGCUCGACCAUGACUGAACCAGAGGAUGACCCAGAGAAGGAGGAUGUGGUCACAGAAGGGUCGACUUCGCUGACCGAAGAGGGGGACAAUUGUCAUGAUCUGUUGACCAUGACCAGUACCUGUUUGAUGCCGUCUUUGACCGCAGAAGAUGCUGGUUCUGGUGAGCUGGCCAUGGUCAAGGAGAGUUUGGCCAUAGAGAAUGGCGAUCCAGGUGGUUUGACCAUGGUCAGUGAGGGAGAUGGUUCUGAUGAAGUCAGUGAGGAUAAGAGCCCUUUCAGACGGAGCUACGUAGACAGAACCUUACCGGACCUCAUCAGGAGUGAACGACAGCUCGGCAGACGCAGAACAUUAGGACCAGUGUCAGACACGUUGAAGGAAGUGCGUCGGGAGGUGGCGCUGUCAGUGAGACGCAGUCUGAGGCUGAAGGCUCAGGUGGACAAACUACAGGAGAACAGAGACGAACCGGGAUGGAGCCAACACAGGGAGAAGGUUACAGAGGAGGUUCAGUCCGUUCUGAGGUUGUUGCUUCCUCUGACAGAAGCAGAGUCCAGCACAGUAGAACCAUCUGUUCAGGAGAACAGUCUGGAUACAGCGCUGGUCCUGCUGCAGAACGUCGCACGCAAACUAGCUCUCAGCCACACAGCACAGGAUUCCCAGUUCUGGGUUAAAAAAGGGAAUGGUGUGGAUGACAGUGCUGUUCUACAACAGGCACUACGUGACAGAGACGAUGCCAUGGACAAGAAGAAGGCCAUGGAGGCGGAGCUUCUCCGCAGUAAGACAGAGAUGAUGUUACUGAACAACCAGCUGUUGGAGGCUGUGCAGAAACGACUGGAGCUCUCACUGGAACUAGAGGCCUGGAAGGACGACAUCCAGAGGAUCCUGCAGCAGCAGCUCCAGAGCCAGCAGGCAGCAGAACAAGCCCAGAGGAAACCCUCCCGUCUGGGGCUGCUGAGGAGGACUAAAGAACCCCCACAGAGGCCAGCCUCCACCCCUACCACCUUGACCUACACCCCUGCCCCCUCUCCGGCCCCUGUUACAUGGAGGGACAGGCUGAAGAGGGGGAAGACGGGUCGUCAUGGUGACCAGGAUGCAGCGCAGGCGUCACCGGUGUCGCGGUCGUCGAGUAGCAGCAGCAGACUGGAGGGGUUUCAUACCAUAGACUUAUAAUACAACAUAGCAUGAGAGGGACAAAUCAUAGAUACUUUAUACAUUUUUCAAACUGUUGAUUCCUACUGGGAGAGAUACAUGGAUUGAGCUGAUAGUUGACAUGCAUUACACACAUUCACAUAAGUAGAGAAUUAAUCUGAGGAAAACAUUAUUCAGUGGUAAUGGUUGCCUUCAUACUACAUUUGGGUUGAAGAUUCCCUCCAACUGUAAUCAUUAAUUAUAGUAUAACGCGUGUCUUUGAUUAAAGUAAUUUAAAC